GUGGCCAUCCUGGGUGAGUUGCUGGCCACCCUGCCCAGUCUGGACGCAAUGAUGAUGCUGCUCCUGUCUCCAAGCUGCCUGUACUGGGACCUGAUUGACUUCACCAGGGAGCUCCAGACCACCCUGUAUCACUUUGAUGCCGCCUGGUGGUGCCGCAGUGUCACGUUCAAUGGCGAUGACCCUCCCACCUCCCUGAGCCGGACCGUGGCUGCCUACAAGAGCACCAGAUGGACCACCAGUUUCCAUGUAAGACGGGCGACCAGCAAGUGGCAGCGGUCGGUGUCUGUGCUUGUGAACAGCUGGGCCCAGCUGGCCAGGGUGGCCACCGAGCUCCGCAACACCUGCAGUGAUUUGGCCACCAAGGCGGCCGACAGGGCUGCCACUGCCACCGCCCGGGCCAGGGCCCUGCAGGACGAGGCUGCCCAUGAUGGGACAGGUCAAGAAAACAUGGUGGAGCUGGUUAAGGCCUUGGGUGGGGAGGAGGGGGCCGAGGUGGUGUCCGGGCAUGAAGCCCAGGUGAGGAGAGAGGCCAGGGUGGCUGCCAGCGAGGCAACAAGGGCCACCAUGGUGAGACAGCGGCUGGAGGCGUCCCUGGGGCUGCUGGAGCGCUUGGUGACUGCAUGUGACGAAGCCUCUGCGUUCCCCCGGGAGCUGCAGCGCCUGCUCAGGGACACCAAGGCCACCCUGGAGGGAACAAAGACACAGUCCAUCAAUGUUGCUGAGAAUUUGGUGGCCAAGGUGGCCGUGGCUGAGCGGCUGUGGGAGGCCAACGCCCACCUGGCCAAGGAUCACCUGGUGGCGACACUUGAUGAUAUCACCAAGUUCUUGUUCUCUGGUCGUCUCGCCAGCCCCAGUGCCUGUGAAGUGGCCGAGUGGUGCCAAAGAGUCAUCGAGGACAUUCCAAGGCUCCUUGAACCCCUGGAGCGUCCCCAGAGCAUCUCCACGGUUUCCCCAGAGACCAUGGAGAUUGAAGAGGUGUGACCGGGGGAGGGGGGAGGGAAGAAAU